AUGUGGUUCUCUGCCAUGAGAUUAAUUAGCGGCGCAAAACAGCUGUCCGGUGAUUGUGGCGAAAGUAUCACACCCUUGUUGUUGAGUGUGGCAGACUCCAUCAUUUCCACAAACCCUGAGCACUGGUCAAAGAAAGACCGAGUGAACUUCCAGUCGAUCAGAAACAUGAUCUUCUCCGUCAAGGUGAACUUGAUAGGUGAAUCUUCUCCCAAAUAG